AUGUCUAUAGAUUUACAAGCGUUGAUUACAUCUUUUCAGGAUGCCACCAAGUUCUGGAUUGUGAGUUUAGGGACAGACAAAAUCACACAGGUCAAGGCAUCUAAAGUUGAGGAUCCAUUAGGUGAGUUACUUAAACUAGUCAAACUAAUUAAAGCACAUACAACGAAAGUAGGCAUUGUGUUCAAGCCAGGGACCUUGGUUAAGGAGGAGAAAACUGCAUAUAGUACAUUAGAGAAACUAUCCGAGACUUUAAUAUUUACCGUUUCGGUAAUCGCACAAUUGAAAGCAAAAGAAAUAUCCAAAGUUUUCUACGAGGAGAUAGUGAUUCAGGUUAAGCAGUUAAUUGGAUCAAGCAACAUACUUGCGAAUGAACUUCUACUGAUACACAGCAGUGAAUGUGGGUCUGAUGAUGAUGAUGAUAGUGGUGAAGGAAGAUUGGUUUCUGUAGGUAAGAUAUGGUCCAAUUGUGAUUCGUUAACGAAAUUGAUCAAUGAAGGUGCAUUGGGAUUGCUUACGGAGAAAAUCAAACAGAGUAUUGCAUUGAUUGACGAUGGGUUCGAUGAAUUUGUAGAAUGGGCGGAAAACCCCGAGGAUAUUGAUGAUCCGUUUGGAUUCAGCGAUGAAGGUGAGACGGAUGAAGAUGAGGAAAAAAAGACGGAUUUUGAAAAUGAGGAAACAGAAGAAGAAGAAGAAAAAGAAAAAGAAGAAGAAAAUGUGAGCAAUGAAGAAGAUUUUGAACUCAUCAAGUAUUCCAAGAAAUUGAUAAAAAAGAUUGAAUUGAUAAAGCUAUUACUUUCCUCAUUCAAAAAAUCCUUACCCAAGACCAUCACGGGUUCUCAAAUCGAUGAAAUUUAUCAAAUCCAGAAAACACUAGUGAACCAUAUUGAUAAAAUAAUAAUUGAUCUAAUGCUAGAACGUAGUGUUAGUGAUGAAACAAUAUCUACAGAGCAAACAAUAUCCUCAAAUUCCAUAAAACUAUCAAAACUAGCGGAGUCAAUACACAAAGACAAUAAAAAGUCGAGUUGGUAUACAACCUGGGCAACUAAGUAUAAUAUAUAG